AUGACUGACAAGUACGAGAGAGAUCGGCAAUAUCAGUACACAGCUAAUGCUAGCAAAGUAGUACAGAGAGAAUCUGCAGGACCAAUUCAGAACUUACCUUCUGGAGAAUCAGAAACCUUAAGAGGUAGGAAGCUAAGGCCCAUGGGUGACCUUGUAUCCAAAGAAGAGAAUCCAGACCUCAAGAAGAUGAAAGAGAAGGUUGAGGAGAAGAAAAAGAAUAAAUAAAACCAAGAAGCCUAAAAUUGAGACAUUAACGAAGGAAGUUAACAAGGAUAUCUUCAAUGCUGAAAUCCAGGAGGAGCUCUUCUACAGGCCAAAGAAGAAAGAAACAAGGGAUAUCUACGCGAAUAUCUUAAAGACAGUGCAAUACCAUGUGGGAGACCAGUCUGAACAAACACUCAUGGGGGUAGCAGAUGAAGUACUGGCCAUCCUAAAGACGGACAAUAUGAAAGAUGGUGAUAGGAAGAAAGAAAUCGAGGUCUUCUUCCAAGAAAAGGUCACUGACCAAACCUUCAAUACUUUGACAGUGCUAGCAUCCAAGAUCACUGAUUAUGAUCCAGAUGAGAGGCUUAAUGCUGGAAAUGGUGAAGAAAGACUCGAAAUUGAUGUAGAUAUUGAAAAAGAAGGAGAAUCAUCCUCCGACGAAGAUGGAGAUAUGUAUGUCAAAGAUCCUGAAAUUGAAGAAGAGAAAAUAGACACUGGAAAAGGCAAAGACGAUGAUGACAACAUGAGCAAUGAAGGAGAGAAGGUCCUUCAGGUUAGCAAAGCUGAUGCCAAAUGGAUCGAGACUCAGCUUCAAGGAUAUAUCAAAAAUCAGAGCAAAGCUAAGGAACUCUUCAAAAUAUUAGAUGUAGAGAAACCUGAAGAGUGAGCUAAGAGAGUAGAAGAGAUCAUCAAAUAUUAUGAUGGGCUAAAGUAUAUCUCCUCUCUAGAUAUCUCAGAAGUUGAACAAUCCAAAAGAAUUCAGAAGACUAAGGAAGAUUUGAACAAGAAUGAAGACUGCAAAUUGGUCGUAGAAGGACUUGAUGGAGAAUCAGAACAACUCUCUUUUGCCUUUAAGAGAGUUCUGAGGAAGCUUAAGAACCAAAAAGAUAUUGAAGUAUUUGAAACUGAGGGGUAUAACAUUGUGGAUGAGCAAGAAAUCAGACUUGAUUUUAAAGAUCUUAAUGUUAUUACAGAAGAAAGUAUUGCCAAAAAGAGUAGGAAUAUGCUUGAUCUCGAUAAACUCAAAUUUGAAGAAGGCGGCCAUUUGAUGUCAAACACUAAAUGGGCUCCACCUAAAGGAGCAUACAAGGUAGAGAACAAAGGUUACGAAGAGGUGUACAUCCCUGCUAUGACACAUAAACCAAGUGCAGAUGAGAGGUUGAUCCCUAUCACAGAUCUUCCACAAUGGACACAUCAAAGUUUCCCUAGUUAUGCAAAGAAUCUUAACAGGAUUCAGUCCAAGGUGUAUAAAUCUGCUUUCAAAAGCAGUGACAACUUAUUAAUAUGCGCUCCUACAGGUGCUGGAAAGACAAAUAUUGCAAUGCUGACCAUCCUUCACACAAUGGGGAUGUAUAGAAGACGUAAUGGUACAUUCAACACAAAGGCAUUUAAGAUAAUCUAUAUUGCACCAAUGAAGGCUCUGGUUAGUGAAGUUGUGGGAAAUUUCAGUAAUAGACUCCAUUCUUACGGGAUCGAAGUGAAGGAGCUCACUGGAGAUGCGCAGCUGACCAAGCAUCAAAUUGAAGAAACUCAAAUUAUAGUAACAACUCCUGAGAAAUGGGAUAUUGUCACAAGAAAAGCAGGAGAUAGAGCUUAUGUGGAGCUAGUAAAAUUAGUCAUUAUUGAUGAGAUUCACUUACUUCAUGACUCAAGAGGACCAGUUUUAGAAAGUGUUGUUGCAAGGACUAUUAGGAAGGUUGAAGAAGGAAGUGAGCAUGUUAGGAUUGUGGGACUAUCAGCCACAUUCCCUAACUUUAAGGAUGUCGCUGCUAUUUUGAGAGUCCAGCCUAAUAAGGGUCUCUAUCAUUUUGACAAUUCUUUCAGGCCAGUUCCACUAGAACAAAUCUAUGUAGGAAUCACUGAGAAGAAAGGAAUCAAGAGAUUGUUACUCUCUAAUGAAAUUUGUUAUGAAAAAGUAAUGGAGAGAGCAGGAAAGCACCCAAUUCUUAUAUUCGUUCAUUCAAGAAAAGAAACUGUAAAAACCGCGAAAAUGAUCAGAGAUAUGGCUUUGAAUAAAGAUGAACUUUACAAAUUAAUCAAAGACGAUUCAGCUACUAAAGAAAUCUUGAAGACUGAGGCUGAGAGUUGUAUCAACAUCGAUCUUAAAGACCUUUUACAAUUUGGUAUUGGUAUCCAUCAUGCUGGUCUCGCAAAGAGAGAUAGGAGCACUGUAGAAGAUCUAUUUGCUGGAAAACAUAUUGAAUUACUUGUAUCAACUGCAACAUUGGCAUGGGGAGUUAAUCUUCCAGCCCAUUCAGUUAUUAUCAAAGGAACUCAAAUCUACAAUCCUGAAAAAGGAAGAUGGACAGAGCUAUCCCCUCAAGACAUUCUUCAGAUGCUUGGUAGAGCAGGAAGGCCUCAGUAUGAUAAAACAGGAGAAGGUAUAAUCAUUACUUCUCAUCAGGAGAUUCAGUAUUAUCUUUCCCUGAACAACAUGAAGUUGCCUAUUGAGUCUCAAUUUAUCUCACAACUACCUGAUCAGUUAAAUGCUGAAAUUGUCAUGGGUACUGUCACCAACAUCAGAGAUGCUUGUAUCUGGUUGAAUUACACCUAUCUUUAUGUGAGAAUGCUGCAGUCUCCACAAGUGUACGGACUCGAAGAAGAUGCUUUGGAAAAGGACCCAUUUUUGCUCCAAAGAAGAACAGAUUUGGUCCACACAGCAGCUACUCUUCUCGAUAGAGCUGGGUUGAUCAAAUAUGAUAAGCGUACAGGUACCUUCCAAAGCUUGCCAAUUGGAAAGGUCGCAUCUCACUAUUACAUUAAGUACGAAUCUAUGGGUGUGUAUAACAAGCACCUAAAGCCGACUAUGGGAAUGAUAGAUAUCUUCAGAAUCUUCUCUUUAUCCAAUGAAUUUGCUGCAAUUCCAGUCAGAGAGAACGAGAAGAUCGAGUUGAACAAAUUUAUUGAAAAAGUACCUAUCCCAGUGAAAGGGUCUAUCGACGAAUCAGCCUCUAAGAUCAACGUUUUACUUCAAGUGUAUAUUUCAAAAUUUAAGACAGAAGGAUAUGACCUGAAUGCAGAUAUGGUUUACGUAACCCAGAGUGCAGGAAGAGUCAUGAGAGCACUCUUUGAAAUCUGUCUCAAGAAAGGAUGGUCCCAGCUUUCACAAUUGCUUAUGAAAUGCUGCAGGAUGGUAGCGAUGAGAAUGUGGCCAACCAUGACUCCAUUAAGACAGUUUGGUGUUCUUAGAGAAGAAAUUUUAAGAAAAAUUGAGAAGAAAGAGCAGUUCAGUUGGGAGCAUUUUUAUAAUAUGGAUCCUCAUGAAAUUGGAGAGUUGCUUAGGUUCCAGAAGAUUGGAAAAGAUAUUCACAAGCUUGUACACCAAUUCCCAAGGGUUGAACUUAAAGCCUUUGUACAACCAAUUACAAGGACUUGUAUUAAAGUUAGUUUGGAAAUAAUUCCUGAUUUUGAAUGGAAUCCUAAAUUCCAUGGAUACGCUCAAACAUUCCAUAUUCUUGUUGAAGAUGUUGAUGGUGAUAUGAUCUUGCAUCAUGAGCUUUUUGUUCUGAAAGAGAAGGAUGUGAAUAAUGGUAUAAAUCACACUUUAUCUUUCAUUGUUUCUCUGAGUGAGCCUCUUCCUCCAGUGUAUUUUGUUAGGUUGAUAUCUGACAAAUGGAUUAGAUGUGAAUUCCUUCUCCAAGUUUCAUUCAGACACUUUAUCUUACCUGAUAAAUUCCCACCCCAGACAGAAAAGAAAGACUUGACACCGAUUGAAAUCUCUGAAUGCGAAUGGAACCCUGCAAUAGGGUUCUUCUCUGAGAGAUUCAAGACAUUUAAUCCAAUACAGACACAAGUAUUUAAUGACUUCUACAAGAGUGAUGAGAAUAUAUUCCUUGGAGCUCCAACCAGUUCAGGGAAGACAGCUAUGGCCGAACUCGCCAUCCUGAGGCAGUUCAGAAAGCUAACACUUUCUGAGGAACCUGAUGACCUUGCAAGCGGAAAGAUAGUCUAUGUGGCGCCUCUACAAUCGAUCGUAGAUAUUGUAUAUGAAGAAUGGACUGAAAAUUUUGCAAAAAUUAUAGAAGACAUCUCUGUUGUAAAGCUUACAGGAGUAAAUACCAAUGAUAUUAAGCUUCUUGUUGAAGGAAAUAUUAUCAUGGCUACUGCAGAACAGUGGGAUGUCAUCUCAAGAAGAUGGAGAAGCAGAGCUAAUGUUAGGAGAGUUUCUCUCUUUAUUGUCGACGAGCUCCAUCUUAUUGGAGAACACAAAUCUCAAAUGGAAGUUAUCGUCUCGAGAAUGAGAUAUAUGGCACAUGAGAUCAAUAGAAAUAUCAGAUUUAUUGGCUUAGCUUCCUCUAUUGCCAACUAUACAGUUUUGGCUGAUUGGAUGGGAGCGACUAAGGCUUUCAACUUUAUGCCAACUGCAAGGCCAAUUCCUUUGAACAUUUAUAUCCAAAGCUUUGAUCACAACAUUCAGGAAGUAAGGAUGCUGGCAAUGGGUAAACCUGUUUACAACGCUAUUAAGAAAAACUCCGAAGACAAGCCAGUGAUGGUGUUUGUACCUAGUAGACAGCAAGCUAGGCUAGUAGCACUUGACUUGAUCUCUUCUGCUACAAAUGAUAACCAAAAGGACAUCUUCAGGGGAGAAGACCAUGACCAAAUUACUAAAUAUUUGAAAGUCAUUAAAGAAGAAAUUCUCAAGCAAGCUCUUGAAUCAGGAGUUGGAUAUCUUCAUGAAGGGUUAGGCAAAAAUGAAAUUAAGGUUGUUAAACAUCUAUAUGCUUUUGGAAUGAUCAGAACACUUGUGAUUUCUCAUAACUUAUGCUGGGAAGUUGGAGACUUGAACUGCUUCUUCGUUGUUAUCAUGGAUCCUGUUGAGUUUGAUUACACUCUGAACAGAUAUGUUGAGUAUCCAAUUUCUGAAAUCCUUCAAAUGAUAGGAAGAGCUGCCAGACACGACAUUGAUACUAUCAGUAAAUGAGCAUUUAUGUGUCAUACUCCAAAGAAGAACUAUUUCACAAAAUUUAUUGGAGAACCACUGCCAGUAGAAAGUAAUUUAGAGGAGCACAUCCAUGAGGCCAUUAAUGCUGAACUUGCUGGAGGAAAUCUAUCCUCUCUCCAAGAUAUUAUAGACUGGAUUACUUGGUCUUUUAUGUAUAGAAGAUUAGCCCAGAACCCUAAUUAUUACAAUCUCAAUGGGAAGACAGGAGAAGACAUCAACGAGCAUCUGAGUGAGCUUAUUGAAAAUACAGUCAGAGAUUUAAUAGAGUCUAAAUGCAUUGAGCAGAAGGAUGAUGAUACACUUAUAAUCGAUAAUCUUGGAAGAAUUGCAGCUUAUUAUAACAUUAAGCACACCACUAUUCAAGUCUUUGAUGAAAAUCUGUCUGAAACUAGAAAAAUCAAGGGACUUCUUGGAAUCCUCUCUUGUGCUGAAGAAUUUGAAAAUCUACCAAUGAGAGAUAGCGAUGAAGGUCAACUCAGAGCUUUAGACAGAUACAUAGACUACCCAGUUGACCCAGAAGAUGGAAUUUACCUUUUCCCAAGAGUUAAAACAAACAUUCUUCUUCAAUGUCAUUUCGAAAGGAAAAACCUGAGUAUUGAUUUGGGUCUGGAUCAGAAGGAGAUCCUUGAAAAGAGUUUAAAGCUUGUUCAUGCUCUUGUCGAUAUUAUCGCAACCUAUAGUUGGUUCACUCCAUGCCUCUACAUGAUGAGGCUCAGUCAGAUGAUUGUUCAAGGAUGUUCUGCUAAAGAUAGCAAUCUGUACCAGAUUCCUCAUUUCGAUUAUGAUCUCGUUGAGAGAUGUAAAAGCAGUGGAAUUGAAGAUAUUGGAGACCUCCUCGAAAUGGAGGAUGAGCCAAGAGAGAAGCUACUUAAUCUCACUCAGAAACAGCUGAAAGAAGUCGCUCAAGUCUGUAACAAGAUUCCUAGCUACGAAAUUGAGGCAAGUGUCUUAGAAUUCGACCCAGACAGCGGAGAUGUCAUUGUUAAUGUCAAUAUUCAAGGAGACGAUGAAGCUGAGGGUGAAGAAGAUGAGGAAGAAGAAGGAGAUAGCAUAGUUUAUGCUCCAAGAUACCCUAAAGAGAAGCUUGAACAAUGGUGGAUUAUCAUCGUAGACCCUCGUGAUAGAAAGUUACUUUCUAUAAAGAGAACUGAUGUGAAGAAGAACCAUAAUGUCAAGAUCCAAUUCACUCUUUCUGACUCUGGCAAUAGAGACUAUGAAGCUCAGAUAAUUUGUGAUUCUUAUAUUGGAUGUGAUGAAUCUGUCAGCUUUUCAGUUGAAUAAUUGAGCAAAAGAAUAACGCUUUCAAUCAGAUUUAAGCUUGAU